AUGUGGUCUCUUGCUCAGGACACUUCCGAAUUCUUCUCGACUCUCAGCGACUCUGGGCAAAAUGUGACUCCUGCGUUGAAUUUUUCGUCAACCUUGUUCGAGGGGGCUUCGUUCGAUUUGGCUCAUCCUAGUGAAGAGUCUGUCGAAGAAAUUCAGUCUUUGCCAGAGGUUGAGAAGAUAUGGCCAGCUGCCGUCUUUUCCAUUCCCGUUCUCGGCAAGGCAUCGUCCGUAGACAGUGAGGCCCUUGCCAGCUACUCUGUUUGGAACGCACACAACGAAACAAACGUCGCGGCCAUGCACAAAAAGGGCCAUCGCGGGAAGGGUAUCAUCAUCGCUACUGUCGACAGUGGUAUUGAUUACACACACCCGGCUUUCGGUGGAGGUUUUGGAGCUGGCUUCCGUGUCGAGUCUGGCUAUGACUUGGUAGGCGAUGACUACGUUGUCGGUGGCCCUUAUGCCCCUGACAGUGAUCCCAUGGAUUGUUUGGGUCACGGAACCCACGUUGCCGGCAUUGCUGCAAGUAGUGAUGCCCUGAUACCUGGAGUUGCUCCAGAGGCACGCCUUCGCUCAUACAAAGUGUUUGGCUGCGACGAUGGCACGUAUGAGGAUGUCAUCAUUGCUGCAUUCAUCCAGGCCCACGAAGAGGGAGCUGACGUUAUUAAUGCAUCUCUGGGCUCCGAUCGGGGAUUUACAGAACAACCGAUUGCCAUCGUCGUGAGCAAAAUCGCCGCAGAAGGCGUCUUUGUGUCUGUCGCUGCGGGAAAUAGCGGAGAUCAUGGUUCCUUUUACAGUAGUAGCGGUGGAAACGGUUUGGAAAGUUUUGCGGUAGGUAGUGCAGAGGCUCAGAACUGGGUAACAUACAAUAUCACCGCCAUUUCGACAAGCAAUGAGACAAGAUCCAUGACAUACAUCAGCGACAAUUAUAACCAUGUCACCCUUGAUGGAAGCGUCCAGGCUUAUGCAUAUCCAAAUGCACGGGACGUCGAUGCCUGUAGUUGGUCUCUGGGCUCAACCCCAAAGGACACUGCCUUAUUCAUUAGGUAUGAGAACGUUCUUGAAUCUGUGAUCAAUGGAUAUGAUUGCCUAAUUAAAGUGAGCAGAAAGGGAGACUGUGUUUGGCAAAUUCAAGACAGUACCUUGAUAGGCUUAACAUCCAGUGUUUUCUACAUCCAGCAAGAAGGAGUAGGUCUGGAGCGUCCGGGCCGUGUCCGGGGCAGCGUUGAUGCCCCCGAAAACUCGGCACUUGUACUGUAUGAGGACGGAGACUGGAUUCUGAAACAAUUCGAGGCUGGCCACAACGUGACUCUUAACUUGUCUACAAGUUCUGAGCCAGUGGGCGUUCCUAAGUCAGGAUAUGUCGGAGGUAGAAUCAACGACUACAGCUCCUGGGGACCUACUCUCGAUGGCAGAAUGAAGCCGGAAAUCUCUGCCCCCGGUGGUACCAUUCUAUCGACGUACCCCGUUAGCAAGGGUAGCUGGGCCGUUCUCUCGGGUACCAGCAUGGCUGCUCCGUAUAUGGCAGGUGUCGGUGCACUCUUCUUCUCCUCUCGAGGCGGCCGCGAAGCCCUGGGAGAGAACAGCGUCAAAGUAGCCCGCGAUCGUGUUAUUGCCAGUGCGAGGUCGAUUAAGCAUAAUGAUGGCUCCGGAAACGAAGCAUCUGUUGGCAAGCAGGGCGCUGGGCUCAUCGACGUCCAGAAGAUUAUCGAGUCUGGCACCUCGAUUAGUCCCGCGUACCUGGAGCUCAACGAUACGGUGCAUUUCUCGGGCAGCCACGAAGUCAUGCUCACGAAUUCAAACGACGACAGCGUAACUUACAAACUGACACAUCAACCUGGCAUCACAACUUCCACAUUCACUUCAGCUAACGCUUGGGUUGCCUUGGAGCCUCAGUAUUCAACCGCAGAAGACGACGUAGCCAAGGUAUCGAUGUCCGCUGAAGAGGUUGUUUUGGAUGCUGGAGCUUCAGUCACACUCAAAUUUGAUUUCACUGAGCCAGCUGGCCCUGACAGCUCCUUUCUCCCUGUUUAUGGUGGCAAGGUUAUGAUCAGCGGGUCAAAUGGCGAAGUUGUUAUGCUAACAUACCUGGGCAUCAAAGGCAGUAUAUACGAUGCUCAAGUUUGGGAAAUGGACAGGGGCGUCCCAUUGCUCCUGAGCGGAUAUGGAGGCGUGAUGGAAGAAGGCCAUGUCUACACCUACGAAGAUGGGUCAGAUGUUCCGCAACCAUAUUUCAACAUUCUGUGGAAUACGAGGGAGCUGAGCUUUGAUUUCGUCACACGAGACUGGCAGCCCAGCGACUGGGUAUAUCCAAACGUGGCUGGAAAGAACAACUGGAUCGGGUCAGUCCGUAUGCGCCCUAAUGGACUAUCAGGAAGCGUGGUCGAUUUCCCUCUCCAGAACUAUCCCCGUCAACCCGGUGCCGCUUUCUAUGCAGCUUCUCAGGGCUAUUUCGCCAAUGGCUCCUACAUCCCCGAUGGCGAGUAUAGAUAUCUCUGCAGAACCUUGCGAACAUUCGGUGAAUACAAUAACAUCACGGACUGGCAGUAUAAGCUUUCACCGUGGUUCAGCAUCUCAAGAGACCCCUCAGUGUCCUCCACGUCAACAACCAUCACCCCUUCUGCGACGACUUCCUCUGCGAUCACUUCGUCAACGACUGCUGCCCCUGUUUGCACGCCGGGUUACGCCAAACCUAUCUCCGUCAAGGGAUCAUCCUCGGGUCAGGCAUCAGCUGAGCAUGAGCUCUAUCUGUAUUCUGAUUUCUUGGCAGUUGAUCUUGCUGACAGCCAGUCCACUCACUUUGAUUGGAAGAUAAACAGUGAGGGCCGGUUGGAGACUUCAAUCAGCGGGAACACUGUCUAUAUGGCUGUACACACUAACAGCAACAGCCUUGUCUACAUGUAUCCGGCGUCCAAGAUCUCCGGCGCAUGGUCUUAUCUUGAAUGCACCACGUCAAACAAUGUCCUGAGCUGCAAGUCGGGUGAAAAGGACAAGUUCUACACUUGUGGCUCAGAUCUUCUCAGGCACGGGUCGACUGUUUUGGACGGAUGUGAGGCUCUCACGCUGAAGACUGGACCGGCGGCCGAUCCUUGCACUGUGACCACCACAGAUUCGCAGCCAACAGCUACAAUAACCAGUGCUCCUACAUCUUCUUCCACCACCGCGACUCGCCGCCCUUGCAUCACGAGAAGCAAGAAAUAA